GGCGGCGGGAUGGAGAAGGGCAGCUUCGCCAUGGCCAAGUUCGGUCUGGAGGCCAAGGAGCCGAUGCCCAAGCGGGACUGCGGGUUUUACAUGAAGUACAUCUUCCUCUUCACCUCCCUCAUCCAGUUCCUCAUCAUCCUGGGGCUGGUGCUGUUCAUGGUGUACGGGAACGCGCAGGCGGGCACCGACACCCACCUCCGCCUGCUGGAGGAGCAGCUGCAGGACCGCUACAACAAGAUCAUCACCCUGGGCACCAGGAACAUGAACCUCACCCGCGCCCUCAACGCCACCCUCAAGGACAAGGACAAGCUGCAGGGCCUCGUCUCCAAGGUCCAGCGGGAGCUGGACAAGUGUAACAGCACCCAGAGCACCAACAACCUCCCCCAGCUCCAGGAGUUCAUGUACAUCAAGAUGAAGUUGGCCGAGUGCCAAAUCACCACCAGCCUCAUCAACACCUCGUGCAACGCCGACAAGGUGCAGCUGCAGAGGCAGCUGGACCAGAUCACCCUGUCCAAGAAGGAGCUGCAGGAAAACUACCAGAAAACGCAAACCACGCUGGCCAAAACCAGCCAGGAGCACGAGAGGUGCCAGGAGGACCUGAGGACCAACAGGACCAGCUGGGACUUCACCAAAACCGAGCUGGAGCUGCUGAGACACGAGAGCAGGACCCUGAAGAACGACAUCAACGAGAACUUGCAGCGGGUGGUGGGCCUGGUGAAGCAGUAUCGCUGCAGCGAGGCUGAGAACGAGCUGCAGCAGCUCCGGGAGGACGCGGAGGGGCUGUUCCGCUGGCAGCAGGACCGGGACACCGUGUACGUCAGGAGGAGCACCUGCGAGGUGAGCGUGGAGCAGUGUCGCAUCGGCUCCAGCAGGCAGCUGCAGGAGCUCCGGCAGCGCCUCCAGGCCGUGGAGAAGCAGGCGAGGGACGGGCAGGAGGAGAGGAAGAGGCUGCAGGAGGACAAGGAGCGGCAGGCGAAGGAGCUGGAGGACAAGAGGAGGGAGGCGGCGGCGCAGGCGGAGUCGCUGCAGAAGCAGCUCAACUUCUGCAUGGGCAGCCAGAUGAACCCCUUCUUUGACGUGCCCGGCUCACGGGUGCCAGGGGGCACCGGGCGCUCGGGGCCCUUCCCCAGCACGGGCUACUACGCAGAUUAUCUGAAGAACCAGGGGGUCUUUGGCAACAUAGGCAAGGCGAACAUGGAGGAGCUGCAGCGGAUGCUGAAGAUGUUCGAGCAGCACACGGCCACCCUGAAGAACUCUGGGUGAGGGGGGCCUGGCACAGGACCCCCCCGGGCAGGGGGUGCUGACCCUGCCCCCUCCACGGAGGGUAAGGGCCGAGCAGCGCACGGGACGCUCCAACGAGGUGCUCCAGGACAAGCCCAGGAGGUGCUUCCCACAGCACGGACGGCAAACCCCGACCGGGAGCCAGCAGCCAGGACCACCUUCUCCUCAUCCCCCCCCUCCCCGAGCCCCCCCCCGUGUGUCCCUCUCAACAUGUAUCCCUGAGCUUGGCUGGAAUUCCGCCGGCCCUGAGCGCCGGCACAACUCGC